CGAAGCCGUCAAUUCCGUCAGUGGCGCCGCGAACCAACCGCGACCAAUCGCUCACCCCUCCAAAAAAAACCGACCCACCACGGAAACAAGAAAAUGACCCCCUUUUCAUGAGUGACCGGUACUGAGUGACCAGAGUUGAGCGGAAACAAAACGAAAACACAGUGAAAAACACUUCAAUGCACGGAUCAGUGCGUAGAUGGUGUGCGUGUGUUCGGUGAGGCAUGUGAGGUGGGCGGUGAGGCAGCGGCAUGCCGGGCGGCCGCCGGGGGCUGGUGGCCCCGCAGAACACCUUCCUCGAGAACAUCAUCCGCCGCUCCUCAUCGCAGCCAGACAGCAGCUUCCUGCUGGCGAACGCGCAGAUCGUGGACUAUCCGAUCGUGUACUGCAACGAAACCUUCUGCAAGAUGAGCGGCUACAAUCGGGCCGAGGUCAUGCAAAAGUCCUGCAGAUGCACGUGGAUGUACGGCGAGCUAACGGAAAAAGAAGCUAUAGAGCGAAUCGACCGAGCUCUGGACCACCACCUGGCGGAUCAGUUUGAGAUACUACUGUACAAGAAGAACAGAACACCACUAUGGCUGCUCGUUCACGUGGCCCCGAUACGGAACGAGAGGGAGCUGGUCGUACUCUUCCUGCUCACCUUCAGAGACAUCACUGCCCUGAAGCAACCUAUCGAUGCAGACGACCCCAAAGGAGGUCUGUCGAAAUUCGCGAAGUUAGCCCGCAGUGUUACAAGGUCUAGGUCGGUGCUGGUCUCCGCGCUGCCGGCCCUCAAGGAGCCGCAGCGACAGAGUCACCUGGCGCAUGUGAUGUCCUUAUCGGGAGAUGUUUUGCCGCAAUACAGACAAGAAGCACCGAAGACGCCGCCCCAUAUCCUACUCCACUACUGCGCGUUUAAAGCCAUCUGGGACUGGAUUAUCCUCUGUUUGACUUUCUACACUGCCAUCAUGGUACCCUACAACGUGGCCUUCAAGAACAAAACGAGCGAAGACGUGUCCCUCCUUGUGAUAGACUCCAUUGUAGACGUGGUGUUUUUCAUCGAUAUAGUGCUGAAUUUUCACACGACCUUCGUGGGUCCCGGCGGAGAAGUUGUCAGUGAUCCAAAAGUUAUAAGGAAGAAUUACUUCAAGUCGUGGUUCCUCAUAGACUUGCUCUCCUGCCUGCCGUAUGAUGUGUUCAAUGCCUUCGAUCACGACGAAGAUGGAAUCGGAAGUCUGUUUAGUGCGCUCAAAGUCGUGAGAUUACUCCGGCUUGGUCGCGUAGUUCGUAAGCUAGAUCGAUACCUUGAGUAUGGGGCGGCGAUGCUGAUCCUUCUGCUCUGCUUCUACAUGCUGGUGGCGCACUGGUUGGCCUGCGUCUGGUACAGCAUCGGCCGCUCGGACGCCGACUCCGGCCUCCAAUACUCAUGGUUAUGGAAACUGGCCAACGUGACCCAGUCCCCGUAUUCCUACGUCUGGUCCAACGAGUCUGACGGGCCCGAGCUAGUUAACGGGCCCUCGCGCAAGACCAUGUACGUGACGGCGCUGUACUUCACCAUGACCUGCAUGACCUCCGUGGGCUUCGGCAAUGUCGCCGCCGAGACCGAUAACGAGAAGAUCUUCACCAUCUGCAUGAUGAUCGUGGCAGCUCUGCUGUACGCGACUAUAUUUGGCCACGUCACGACAAUCAUCCAACAAAUGACGUCAGCAACGGCGAAGUAUCACGACAUGCUGAACAACGUUAGGGAGUUCAUGAAACUACACGAGGUGCCUAAAGCUUUAAGCGAAAGAGUCAUGGACUACGUGGUUUCCACUUGGGCCAUGACUAAGGGCAUCGACACGGACAAGGUGCUAAAUUACUGUCCGAAAGACAUGAAGGCCGAUAUCUGCGUCCACUUGAACCGGAAAGUCUUCAACGAGCACCCGGCGUUCAGACUGGCAUCCGACGGCUGUCUCCGAGCCCUCGCGAUGCACUUCCAAAUGUCGCACUCCGCGCCCGGAGACCUGCUGUACCACACGGGAGAGUCCAUAGAUUCGUUGUGUUUCAUCGUUACCGGCAGUCUAGAAGUAAUACAGGACGAUGAAGUUGUCGCUAUAUUGGGUAAAGGAGACGUCUUCGGAGAUUCGUUCUGGAAGGACAGCGCCGUCGGUCAGUCGGCCGCGAACGUCAGGGCGCUCACGUACUGCGACCUGCACACUAUCAAGCGAGACCGUCUGCUGGAAGUCCUGGACUUUUAUCAAGCGUUCGCGAAUAGUUUCGCCAGAAAUCUAACCCUCACUUAUAAUUUAAGACAUCGACUAAUAUUUCGCAAGGUAGCAGACGUCCGUCGCGAGCGAGAGCUCAUGGAGAGACGGAAGCGAGAACCGCAACUCGAACAAGCACAAGAUCACCUCGUCCGCAAGAUAUUCUCUCGCUUCCGUCGUGAGAGGAGCGUCGCGGCCGCACCCGCUCCCGCCCCCGCUCGUGCGACCCCCGCCCUCGCCACGACUGCGGCUCAACCCACUGACGCAGAGCGCGGUGAAGCCACACAAGCGACUUCCGCAUCGACGACCACAACGACAACGGCCGCUCGUGGGAAGUGGGGGCGGCUGCUGGCGGGCGGGUCGCUGGACGCGCCCUCCGGGGAGCCGCCGCGGAGCGCCUUCGCUCGCAGUCUGAGCACCCGCGACCGACCCACGCCGCCCGCCAUCACGGAGACCACGGCUGCCACUCCUGCGCCCAUCUCCACCCUAUCCAUCAAGGCGUCAUUCGCGAAAGGUCGUUCAGCCGGUGCAUUGGGUGGGAGCGGAGGUUCGACAAGGCAGGACACUAUAGAGGAAGAAUUAGAAGAGAAGCGUGCCCCUGCGGCACCUCCUGCGGCGUCCCCCGCAGCGCCAUCCGCAGUGUCGCACGACGCGGCCUUGGCGGAGCUGCGACGCGAUGUACGCAAUGAAGUUCAAAGGCUGCAGCAGAAAUUGGGUCGCGUCGAAGAGCUGCUAACGAUGCUAGCCGCCCGUCUUGGGGCCGACCCCGCGGAGACGGCGGCGGCCGGUGCGGGGGCUGAGCCCGACCCUCCGCGCGCGCCCCCCACCGACCUAGCGGCACUCACUAGGAAACGACGCUCGAAGGCUCGCAGUAAAGGCGCAGCCCCACAAGCGCCGACGCCGACGACUCCCACGGAGACCCCGUCGAGUCCGGGGGCCACGAGCGGCGCGUCAAGCGGAGCGUCGAGCGGGGCGGCGCAGCGGCGGAGGGACUUUGUGUAGCGCGCGGCGGCGCCCGGCGCUCCUCCAGACUAGCGCUGUGCGCCCACACACACAAACGCCUACACCAUCUUCCAGACGCUAGUGUAACAAAUAACAGCGACAACAGCAACCUACGAUGGGUGAUGUGAUAUUAUAUCCACUAAAACCCCUUAGCGCUAUCAGACGUUACGUCCGAGUUAAAAAAAAAAACUAUAUCUGACGCAUUCUUCCACGGCUACACACAUACACACCUAUCUUUGUAUAGAUUGGCGGCACCGACAAUGCUUCUCAAACUGUGACACAAGCAUCGAAAUUAUUAAAGCUGAAUUGAUGUGAUUAAAACAGUGCAAAUGCACAAAGUCAAUUUUUCUAUCGUGUCCUUCGUAGCGGCACUAUGACCACAUUUCAUUUUAUGAACAACAUCAAAGCCAGUCAAUUUUAUGUGAUAGUUCACUAGUAACUUCAAUGUUUGAAACUGGCAUUUCGUUUCUUGAUGUAAGUUCCGAUGGUGGAGACGGUCAUUAAUAUUGAAUAUUCGUGAUAUGAGUAUUAAAAUGAACCAAUUGAAUUGUGUUGUUAA